GUGUUCGGUCCCCCCGCGGCGCCCCCAAGAGCCGCGCACGAAAGGUCACUCGUGCCCAGGGUCGCUCCCGCGUGCAGCCGAAAGUCCCGCGCGCGGCGAUGCGCCGCUGAGAGCGCGCCAUCCCAGCCGGUCCGCGCGAGGCGGAGCUGCUGGCGCCCGUCUGGCCCGCCCAAGUGGGGCCCCCCGAUCGACUCAAUAUAGUUACCGCUCGCCCCGCGGCGCGGGAUGGCCAUGGAUGACGGCGAGGAGAAGAUGUGCCGCUACUGCUUCGAGGGCGAGGAGGCCGGGGAGCUCAUAUCUCCGUGCAGCUGCAUGGGCGGGCAGAAGUACGUCCACCUCUCGUGCCUGCGGCGGUGGCAGCGCAUGGUGCUGGUGAGCCAGCCGACGCACCCCGCCUUCUACGACAGCGACGUGCGGCACCACAAGUGCAACGUGUGCCAGGCCGAGUUCACCUGUGCGCCGCCCACGAGGCACGAGCUGAUGGAGUCCUUCACCGGCUCGGAGCUGGGCGCCCUCAUAGACGUCGGCUGCGUGAUCGCCUCCGACGAGCUGGUGUCGCAGGAGAUGGAGAGGGAGCUCGCCCCCCUGUCGGAGCGCAGCCGCGAGAGGAGUGGGUGCAGGCACUGGAUCCGCGGGGUGUUCCUCAUCACGGAGGUCACCCCCGACGACGCGCAGAUGGAGAUCCCGGUGAGGACGGCGCGGGAGCUCGAGCAGCUCCGGCUGCGCCUGGACGCGGACCUCGGCCUCGCCUUCCACGGCCGCCGGCUCCGGCUCGCCGCCCGCGGGUCCCUCGCGGGCGCCUCCGAGCAGGAGCUCCCCGCGCGCUUCCGGGAGCUGCGGGCCUCGCCGACGACCACGGUGGUGCUCGAGUCCGUGGAGCGGCCGAACUGCGGCGACGACCACAUCGCGGCGGUCAACCUCUCGCGCCCCGUGGCCGAGCCGCCGGGGGCCGGGGAGGCCGAGCGGGCCAUGGAGGACGUUGCCAGGAAGUACGCGGGCGCCCGCCGCGUGCAGGUGGAGCACUACAUCGGGGGACCGUGCGAGGGCGACCAGAUCAUCUGCUGCGUGGUGACGGGAGGAGGCGGGCGCGGCUGGACCGUGGUCAAGGAGCUGCGCGACGCCAUCCAGCUGGCGCACAGCCGCGCGGCGCGGCGGAGCGAGGCGCAGGGCCACGUUGGCGGCGGGCAGGCCGUGCGGGUGCGCGGCCUCCAGGCCCGGGCCGACCUCAACGGCGAGGUGGGCGUGGCACUGAGGUUCCUCGAGGGGGCCCAGCGGUGGCUGGUGCGCCUCGCGGGGGGCGACGGCAAGCAGAUCAAGCCCGCGAACCUGGAGCCGCUCGGGGACGGCGGCGGCAAGGUGAUGGCCUUCUGGGGGGAUGCCCGCUGGUCUCGCACGCAGCUGCUGGGCGAGAUCGCCCGGGGCCACUGGGGGCUGUGCAAGGCCAGCGUUUCCGAGCUCCUGGCGGACCCGCCAGACAGGUGGCCCUCCCUGAAGGGCCGCCUGGCGUUCGCCCCCGUCACCGAAAUGACGGAGGGUUUCCUGCAGCAGGCGCGCCGGGAGAUGACGGUGCUGCGCGCGGCCCGGGAGGCGCAGGGCGUGGCCAACGACGACGACGGCUCCGACGACGACGACGACAUGCAGGGCGCGCGGGGCGGCGGCGACGGCGGCGCCUGACGGGGCGCGCGCCCGCCGCCUCGGCGGCCGUGGCGCGGCGCUGCGAUGCGCGUGGCGGCGGCGCUCGCGCGCGGGGACGUCGGGGGUCAGAGGAGGACUCGGCAGCAAAUCGUGGGUGCCUGCAACGCGCUGACUCGACCAUCGUUUCGAGUGUAGGACCAUGGGCGCGUGUCCCGCUUGUGUACAAAUUCCGCUGGCGAGGCGCCUGCGUUAGGAUACGGGAUACAGAUCAGAGACCUCACUGCAGCGACAUGUUUAAACGCCUGUCAUCGUGAAAGCAAAA